UAACUUACAAACAAAAGGAUGUAUUUUGUAAUUUAAUAAGAAUGCAUAAAGAGGCGACUGAUAUAGCGAGCAAAACUGAAUAGUAUCAUUCUUCACCGGCGACGGCCAGAGAUCAGAUUUGUAGUUUUUGCGUGUAAGAUGGAGAAGACGGCGAAGCCAAAGAGCCGCUUGUGUACUCUCUGUAAUGAAAAACGCGCCGCCUUGAAACGCCCUAAAACCCUUGAACAAAUAUGCAGGGAGUGCUUUUACACAGUGUUUGAAGAUGAGAUUCAUAGGGUUAUUGUGGAUAAUCAGCUUUUCAAGCCUGGGGAACGCAUAGCUAUUGGAGCUUCUGGUGGAAAAGAUUCAACGGUGCUUGCAUAUGUAAUGUCAGAGUUGAACCGUAGACACAACUAUGGAUUGGAUCUCUUCUUACUAUCAGUGGAUGAAGGCAUAACUGGUUACAGGGAUGAUUCCCUUGAAACAGUCAAAAGAAAUGAAAUACAGUAUGGACUUCCUUUAAAAGUAGUUUCCUACAGUGAAUUGUAUGGGUGGACGAUGGAUGAAAUAGUGAAAUUGAUAGGCUUGAAGAACAACUGCACAUUUUGUGGUGUUUUCCGUCGGCAGGCCCUUGAUCGAGGUGCUGCACUGCUAAAGGUAGACAAGCUCGUUACCGGACAUAAUGCAGAUGAUAUUGCUGAAACAGUCCUUUUAAAUAUUUUACGAGGUGAUAUUGCAAGAUUGGGUAGAUGCACGUCGAUAAUUACUGGAGAAGAUGGGCCAAUACCGAGAUGCAAGCCCUUCAAAUACACUUAUGAGAAGGAAAUUGUCAUGUAUGCAUACUUUAAAAAGCUGGACUACUUCUCUACAGAAUGUAUUUAUUCCCCCAAUGCGUAUCGUGGCUUUGCUCGUGAGUUCAUUAAACAUUUAGAAAGGAUGAGACCAAGAGCCAUUCUUGACAUUAUCAAAUCAGGUGAAGACUUUCGGAUCUCCACCUCUACAAAAAUGCCAGAACAAGGCACUUGUGAAAGAUGUGGUUACAUAUCCAGCCAGAAAUGGUGCAAAGCAUGUGUCUUGCUUGAGGGCCUCAAUCGUGGUUUACCCAAAUUAGGCAUUGGGCGGAGUCGGGGGAUUAAUAGCGAACAUAAUGCAAAUACGAAACAAGCUAAUGGAACACAAAGUUUACAAAGCAAACAGUGUGGAAGUUUGGACUUCUGAAUCCUCAUGUAGCUGCAUAAAUCAGUGUUUUAAUUACAACAUACAUACCUAUCCAGUGAGAAAGGCUUUAACUAGAAAUUCCAUAUUAUCUGUGUAGCUUUAUGUAUUUAUGGAGGUGGAAACUAGCCUCCUAGUUUAUCCUGCGAUUAUUCUAUUUUUUUGCGAUGUUGUGUGUUUUACUGA